AUGGCUCGUGCUGCUGCCUUGUGUAUCUUGGCCGCUGCAGCCCUCUGCAUGCUCCGAAAUAUCGCCUUUGUCCCAGCGCCUGCGCGCACCGCCGCAGACCCCGCAGUGGUAGCUGGCGCGGCGGUGUUGGCCACUGUGCCAAUGGGAGCAGACGCCUUCGUCUUCAAGGGCAAGGAGUACUUUGAUGUCUUCUAUGGCAUUGAGCCUUUGGCCUGGGCCUUCUGUGGCUUCGUCAUCGUCUACUACGGAGCAGUGGUGAAGAACGCCGCACAGAAGUACAAUGUCCCCAUCCAGAAGAUCCCUCCCAAGGUUGGAGCCUUCGUUGGCAAGGCACGCCUGGGGGUUCUGUUCUGCUAG